UUCUUUUUUUUUUGGUCAGGAUGUUGAUCCAUUUUCGGAGUUACAAAUUUCAUAUAUACAGAAAUCCGUUCCAUUUUAUAGACCUUUUCUUCUUUCUUUCUUUCGACCUUGAGUGUUCAAGUUCUAUCCAAAUUCCAAAUCAUGUUGUUGGUAAAGAAAAGAAGAAAAAAUUAUUGGGUGGACGGGAUAUUGAACCCGACGUGAAACGAACACGCAACCUUCUGAUCUGGAGUCAGACGCGCUACCAUUGCACCACGGAUCCACCGGUUACAAAGACCUGCAUGUUUAACUUAAAUAAAGUAUCAUAAGUAAUUUCAUUUGUUUCGUGGGCGGGAGUUCAUCAAUUUGAAAGGUCACCAUUGUCACAUCCCAGAGCACCACAUCUCCUUGUUCUCAUGCGCUGAAAUUGAAAAUGAAGGGUGAUAACAGCGAUUCGUUGCUGUUGAAGUUGGAAGCACCAACGAGAGACGCCAUCUCCAGAGUCCGAUUCGCUCCCCACUUCAACAACCUCCUCAUCUCUUCUUGGGACUCCAGUCUUCGGUUGUACGAUGUGGACGCUUCAUUGCUCAGACUUGAAGCUCCUUCCGAAGCUCCCCUCCUCGAUUGUUACUUCCAUGACGAAGCCGUUGCUUUCUCCGCCGCCUCCGAUGGCUUAAUUCGAAGGUAUGAUCUGGAUUCAGGAAUUAUUGAUACAAUGGGUGGUCAUGAUGAUAUAGCAUCGUGCAUUGGAUAUUCCAGUGAAACAUGUAAGCUAUUGACCAAAUCUUUGAUGCCCUUUUAUAGUUGUAACCUUCACCUUUUAAUUUUUCAUUUAUUGAUAAUGUUGGGCAUAUCGGCAACUAAUUAAUAAUCCUUCAUGUUGAUACUGUUGCUCUCAUGUUUAAGCAUAUAUGAACGAAUACGAAUAAUUCAUACAUGUUACUGAAAACCUCUGAGACAGGUUGUAUAGCAAACUAAAUGUUCAUUUAUCUUUUACAACAAACUUUCAACAAUAAGCUUUUGACUGUUUCUGAACAGUCGAGUAGAUAUUCAUACGUAGAGCUCAAUAAAUUAUUGGUUACGAAGAA